GCCGGGGGGCGGGAUCGCUCUGCCCUGGGAUCCGUCCGGAGUGCGGCGGCAGCUGCGGCGGCUGCUCCCUUUGUCUUCCUGGGGCCUCCUUCCCUCCCUUUCACCCCUCCCUCCACCCGUCAGUGGAUCCCGCUGCCCCGGGCGCCGGCGCCCAGCGGCUCGCCGUUGCCCACCCCCGGGGCGUCCCCGGGAACUCCUGCCACUUUAGUGCCCCGCCGAGUCGAGCCGAGGGGGCUGCGAGCGGGACGCAGUCGCAGGCCGCGGCCGCCGCGGGGAGGAUGCUGGCGGGGCGGACUCUGGCCCGCAGCCCCGGGAGCCGGCUGGUCCCCGGGCUGUGGCCGCCGCCGCCGCCGCCGCCGCCGCUGCCGCUGCUGCUGCUGCUGCUGCUGCUGAGCGCUCCCGCGGGGCCGGUGGGCGCCCAGGAGCAGCCCUCCUGCAGAGGAGCCUUUGAUCUCUACUUCGUCCUGGACAAGUCUGGGAGUGUGGCAAAUAAUUGGAUUGAAAUUUACAAUUUUGUCCAGCAACUUACAGAGAGAUUUGUGAGCCCUCAAAUGAGAUUAUCUUUCAUUGUGUUUUCUUCUCAAGCAACCAUUAUUUUGCCAUUAACUGGAGACAGAAGCAAAAUCAGUAAAGGCUUAGAGGAUUUAAAACAUGUUAGUCCAGUAGGAGAGACAUACAUCCACGAAGGACUAAAGCUAGCAAAUGAACAAAUUCAGAAAGCAGGAGGCUUAAAAACCUCCAGCAUCAUAAUUGCUCUGACAGAUGGUAAGUUGGACGGUCUGGUGCCAUCAUAUGCAGAGAAAGAGGCAAAGAUAUCCAGGUCAUUUGGGGCUAGAGUUUAUUGUGUUGGUGUCCUUGACUUUGAACAAGCUCAGCUGGAAAGAAUUGCUGAUUCCAAGGAACAAGUUUUUCCUGUCAAGGGUGGAUUUCAAGCUCUUAAAGGAAUAAUUAAUUCUAUACUAGCUCAGUCAUGCACUGAAAUCCUGGAAUUGCGGCCUUCAAGUGUCUGUGUGGGGGAUGAAUUUCAAAUUGUUUUGACUGGAAGAGGAUUCAACUUGGGCAGUCGAAAUGGGAGUGUUCUCUGUACCUACACUGUAAAUGAAACCUACACAAAGAGUGUGAAUCCAGUAAGUGUGGAGCUGAAUUCUAUGCUUUGUCCUGCACCUGCCCUGAAUAAAGUUGGAGAAACUCUCGAUGUUUCGGUGAGCUUUAAUGGAGGAAAAUCUGUCAUCUCGAGUUCACUAAUAGUCACAGCCACAGAAUGUUCUAGCGGGACUGCAGCCAUCAUUGCUAUUUUGGUGUUGCUGCUACUACUGGGCAUUGGUUUGAUGUGGUGGUUUUGGCCUCUUUGCUGCAAAGUGGUUAUCAAGGAUCCUCCUCCACCACCACCUCCUGCACCAAAACAGGAGGAAGAAGAACCUCUGCCUACCAAGAAAUGGCCAACUGUGGAUGCUUCCUAUUAUGGUGGUCGAGGGGUUGGAGGAAUUAAAAGAAUGGAGGUUCGUUGGGGUGAUAAAGGAUCUACUGAGGAAGGUGCAAGACUAGAGAAAGCCAAAAAUGCUGUGGUAAAGAUUCCUGAAGAAGUUGAGGAACCUGUCAGGCCUAGACCACCUCAGCCCAAACCCACAUACCAGCCUCCUCAGACAAAGUGGUACACACCAAUUAAGGGUCGUCUUGAUGCACUCUGGGCUCUGUUGCGGCGGCAGUAUGACCGUGUUUCCUUGAUGCGGCCUCAGGAAGGAGAUGAGGGCCGGUGCAUAAACUUCUCCCGAGUUCCAUCUCAGUAAAAGGAAAGCAGGAAGACCAAGGAGGUAUGAAGAUACAUCUUCACACUGCUGAUUUCCAAUCAAAUGAAAAAAAAAUAGUAAUAAGUACAUUUCAGAAGAUUUUGGAAGAACAGCUUUAUUCUUCUCAGUCAGGAAAUGUUUUCUCUGCCUUCUGCUUUGCUUGCACCAAACAUUUUUAAAUACUUGUCUGCCAUCUACACAAGAAUUGAUGAAACCCAGUGGUAACUCAUGAUUCAUGACAUUGAAAAUAAAGACUAAUGUUAAUCUACAUGCUAUGUUUUAUAUAAGCAAGUUUGUUGGAAUGUGGAGAGGAGGAAAAAGCAGCAGCAUGAAGAUGAUAUCAAAACGGGGACCAUAGAACAACUGGCCGUGAUGGAUCUGUAAUGGAGAGAGGAGUGUUUUACAUGGAGACAUGGCACUUGUGUUUUCACAUCACAAGAUUGUUAGCUACAGGCAGGGUAUGAAAUUUCCCACCAGGCCAAGCAGAUACAGGUCCAUUGCCUUAUAACUAUGUCAGAUUACAAAAUCCUCCCAAGUCCCUAUCACAAUGUGCCUUACAGGAAGCCUCUGACUGGGCAAUCUUGUCAUUCUAACACUGAAAAGUGCACACGCAUGACAAAAUGUAGACAGGACGCCUCAAGGUAUUGGUAGCAAGCAAGAUUUUGCCCUUUAGUGUUUGAAAACACCUUUCUUUCACUAUGCACUUGGGAAAAGAAGAAAAUUAAUAGAGCAUUAUUCCAUGGGAAGACGGCCUCUAACCAGGGAUCUUAAGUGGAGUUUAAGGGACUUGUGCUUUGAAACUUAUCCCUGGGAUGGUAGAUUUAUCCCCACUCUCAAUGUUUAGGGUGUAGUAGUGCAUAAAGCAUUAAUAUCUGUAAACAUACCGGGAGUUAGUUUUGCUUUUAAUUUAAAGGAAGCAGUAACCACAAAGCUUCUGCUCAGGGUUUUUCCUUCCUCCAAGUCUCCAAGGGCUCUUCAGCGUCACAAGCCAGCAACUCUCUUUGCAUGAAAAUUUCAAAGUUUAAUUAAUAUAAUUAAAGGCAACAGCAAGCAGCAGCCUGUGAAGAUUUUGCUCAUCUUUUUUAUGUCUUUUGACAUUGAAUGACCUAUUACUGUAUGCGCAUUACUUGGAUUUUGAGGGGCACUCUUACCUUGGUGAUGAUUCAGUAGAGAAAGAAAAAGACCUCCUCUCAUCAAUUUAUAAAUUAAAUUUUCAGGAGGGUCCCCACCUCAAAACAUCGAAAUGUAUGUAUUAUAAUUUUUUAGAAAACCCACCAUUGUGUCACAUCGACGAUGCCAAAUUAUGUUAGCAUGAGUGGAAACACUAUGGGGGAGGGAGGAGGCAGCAGCUGAAGAAAAAAGCUCAAAUGAUCUAGUCACUUUCGAUACUGUACUUCAGAUGCGAAAUGGAUAUUCGACUCGAAACCUGACAAAGCGCGCCUGCUUUGAUGUGAACUGGGAUAGACAAUGACCAGUGGCUGGGUCAGUGGGAUGUCUCUCUGCGAGCACAAAGGCUUAUCAAAUGACACUAAAAAUAAGUUCAACAACCAUCACAUUGGAAGGGAGAAGGCGAACGUUUCAUGUUUGGCGGGCAUGUAAGUGCACAGGAUGGAAAGAGCGAUUUGGAACAUCCCAGUGUAAUUACCCCCAUUGUGCUCUUAAUGGAAAUUUCAGAGGACGGGAGUGAUUCUGUUGGUUGGUGUCCAGAUUUGUGACACUGAGCCAAGAAGCCUUACUCACACACACAAAUAUAUAUAUUUGUGUAUAUAUAUAUAUGCAUAUUGUCUAGCUUGAAUCUUUUGCACAAGUUUAUUUAUGUCACUGGCUGGCUGGAUCCAAAGUCAUGUGUCUGCAUACUCAGAAAUAAAAUUUUACCUGUGCCUCUGCUACCAUUUUAUUGUAAGCCCACAUACGCUCAAGUUUGUUUGGCUAAAUAUAUAAUUGUCCUGAUUAGUUUCAGGACGGAAUGAUACCCAGUUCUAAGAUGUCGCUUAAUGUUCACAAAUGAUACUAUUGGCAUUAAAAAUCCAUGUCUACAAGUGUGACUUGGAAGCCUGAUAUACGCCCAAUGAGUUCUUCUCAUAGACCUUUGUUCUAGCUUUGCAUCUGGCACAGCACUUAUUGUUGUCUUCUUAAAUUUUGGUGCUUCUUUUCUGGUCUGUGCACACCCAUAAAUGAUAUUUAAGGGCACCAAAGAUUCUACAGAAGCUAAGGCUGUUUCUUUGGUAGUCACUUGGAAUUUGUCUACUAUCAUGGCAUUUGUAUGGCAUUUGUAUUUUGCUACAUGAACAAUGAAAGUAGACUUCUGUCUUUAGAGGACAAAAUAGCUUUCUGUAGAUUGUAACAUAAAUAGGUUUCCAGUUCUAAUACCACUAUGAAGAGUUCUCAGUGAAGAGGGAGAGGCAACGGUUUAUAUGUACACUAAAAAAGUACCAUUCAUAAAGUUCAAAGAUAGACGGAAUUUCAUUGCACUUAAGGACAUGAAACCAGAUCUAUGCUCUUUUCUCUCAUUUUGCCAUCUAGCAUGUAGAAGAAUUUUCUUUGAAAGGGAGCUGUUUACUCACCAAAGAACUAAAUAAAAAACCUCUAUAGCUCCUAAACAGGAAAAUAGAAGGUUAGAAUAAAAGCCAUUUCUAUAAGUUUAAUAACAUUUUUAAUAUUGUAUAGAUAGAAAUAGUUCCUAUUUAAUUUUUUGGACCUAAUGUCAGUCAAGAUCUACUUUCUAUGUAUAAACAAGUAAGUCUUUAUCCAUAAUCCAUUUGUGUUGCAUAAGGUUGCAACAACAAUUAAGUGGGAAAUGAUUCCUAACUUAUGUGUCUACUCCGCCUGGAAAGAAAGUUUUGAAGGCAUCUAUAUAUAUUUCAUAACAAUGUCUGUUCUUUAUGGAUUUGAUCCAUAAAUAUUUAUCUAUCUGAAAACUUUGAUACUUGGAAUGUUUUCCUUAAAGCAUUUGGUGCUCCAAGAAAAAACAUUUGGUGCUAAGAGUUGCAGCACUGAUGCCUUUCCCCAAGUUAAUUCUAUUUUAAAAAUUUAUAUUUCCUUCCCAAUGAGAUGCAGAGUAAAAAUUGAGACCCUCCAUUAAGUAGGGAGCAGCAUCUGUCACCUAUAGAUAAUUCUUAUUUUGGCAGAAAUACAGAAGGCUUAAGCCUUCUAUAUUUCAAAUUGUUUGAGAAAUGAUUUGAUUAUAUUCUCCCUCAGAACUUUAUUUGAACCAUUUUAAAUCAUAAAUUAUUUAAUAUUUGUUUUUCUAAUAAAUCCUUACUGGAUAUAAGAUCUGGGUGUCUCUGAAGUUAAUAACUUUAUUAUCUAAAUAUCACUGACCAUUGUUUACUGCUCAGAAGCAAUUUAUUAAUUUAUUUCUAAAAACACUGUCUAUAUUAUGGCCAAAAAGUAUCUAAAACAUGUUUUGAUUCAUCAGUUUCUAUACAUCCUCUUUGAAUUUAAGAGAAGAAAAUAUAAUUAGGUCACAUUUAUAAGUACUGUAAAGCACUGUAACCCUCUUCUAUGCAAAGCCUGUCUGUCACUUUUACUAGGUUUGGACAGCAUUACUUUAGGAAGUUUAUUAGUGUUGUAUUACUAAAAAAAAUUUGGGUAUGUAAUUCAGGAGAAAAAUAUAUACAUUCUUUAAAUAUGAAAGGAAAUAUAUAAUCUAGAAUCAGAAUAAGUGGUGUAUCUGUAAUAUAUUUAAGAAAAGAAGGACAGAUGAGGCUAGACAAUGUCUAUUCGCUGAUAAUGAAGUUGAGUACAGCCAUGUAUUCUAGUUUUGGGGUUAGAUUAAUAUUUUUCUUGGAGAAUUUCUAUGGCAUAUUUCUAAGAACACUUCAAUUUUGGUAUAUUCCUACACUUUCUAGGGUAUAAUUCAGUCAAAUUAAGCAAAGGAAAAUAAUCGUGAGAACUCAUAAUGCAGCAAACCCUGGGCUGUUUUUUUGUAAAAUAUAUUUUUGUGCUGUUCUGCCAAAAGAAAACGAUGGUAAAAAAAAAAACUACACAGUAGAACAUGCAAGUUUAUAUUAAAAUGUGCUUAUUAAGAUUACUUUACAAGACCUAUAUUAAGGUAAUGUAUGUGUUUGAGAGAGAGUCAGUAUGACAUGCUACACAUCAUCUUCGCUUAGGAAACAGGUGAUGAAUGGCUUAGCCCAUAGAGCUCGCCACAACUAACUUGCUGAAAUUGAACUGAUGAGCUUCUCAACCAUAGACUAGAGAUGGACAGGAGAUGUCUCAAGGUCCUUCCAGCAUGGACAGCAUUUCUGUGAAUAUAGUCAUAUUGGAGGUUUUAGUAUUUAUGUAUUUCAUAUUUUUAAUGACUGGCCUCAUUUGGAGAGCACAGCAAUAUUAACUCCGUAAACUGCCAUUUAGUUACCAAAAAGACAUUGAACCGUAGUACAUAAUUUUAUAAUUGUCCAUAAUAGAGUAAUUUCUCAGUUAAUUUAUUACAAUUAGAAUUUGUCAAAGAGGCAACUGAUAAUAAAAUUUAUAUUUGAUGAAAUCUUUGAAACGAGUAAAAAAUAUUGGGAAGUAUAUCUGUGUAUUUUACUCUGACUUUACAGUCAUACCAAGUUCUCAAAGGCAUAUUUAAAUAUGUAUAGACAUUGUUACAAUAUAUUUAUGCUACCGAUUUUAAUGAUGUACUUUUUACACUGCAGAAAGUUACAUUAUUAAGCUUUUCUUUCCUUAGUCAAAAUUGGAAAACAAUCUUAAUUGACAAUAACUGUGCUAUGUUCCCCAUAGGAAGUAUUAAAUGGAAAACAUUUUACUCACUAAUUUGAAUAAUACUUAGGAUAUGCAGUAUAUUAGAAUUGCUAAACUUUGACAAAAUUACCACUGUUUUGUUGUAGGAGAAAACUAUGGAAGUAAGAAUUUUAAAAGGAUACUUAACGUUGUCUCCUUAAUUGCUAUAAAGUUAUGUUUUAGGUGAAUUGUAUUUGCAAGAUUGUAAAUGUCAGUGGUUAAUCCAAAAUAAAUUGUAAACGUUAUUAAUAUGUA